AUGCAUCAGCAUCCCCGAACACCAGCGGUGCCUUCUUCGGUACCGUCGUCGGCGCCAUCGUUCCCAUCCAGACCGACAACGCGGGACGACCUGCGAGACCAAGACUCCACCCCAAGCUCCCCCACCGUGGAUAUGGGGUUGAAUUCAGCCAGGGGCCUAGGGAUAGAGCCUGGAUCUCAACCUGAACAGGCGAGGAAUGCGGCUCCGGCCAAGGAGGCACUGGCUCGGUUGAACCAGAUAAUCUCGAAUUACCACACCAAGGCCGCUCUCAUUAUCUUGCACUCGCGUGUUACGCUCCCUCCAUCGUUCACCAAGGGCUCCGACUCUCCGAGAGUGAACCGCUGGUUCAAUGUCGAAUUAGAGGACACCGAUAUUCUGAGAGAACCCCUGCGAGUUUGGAGAACAUGCGACGCCACAGAGAACCGACCGCCGCCCCUCGUUAUCGAAACCUACCUCGACACCAAAGGCCUCACAAAUAACCAGAGUCUGGUCAUUCUGGAUGAGAAUGGGAAGAGAUGGGAUGUGCGGGAGUCGCUCACGGCACUGCGAGGUCACGCGAAGCCUUACCAGUCAGACAGCGACGAGAUCAUUCUGGAACGAUGGAAGAUCGAAUUGGGGGAGUCAACGAGCAGGCCUCCAGCUGAUUUGGGCUCGAUAUUGCCGACUGUGUACAAGAAAAGCAUCGUGCUCUUCAGAUCAUUGUUCACAUACUCCAAGUUCUUGCCUGCGUGGAGGUUUUCCAAGCGCAACAAGAAAUCACGGAGGAGUCCAGCUCUUCAGAUCAAGUAUCGAGUGGUAGAUGCAAGCGCUCGCCGAGAUACAUCUGUCGAUCAUUUGACGGCUCCUCUGAGCGAGGGUAGUGAAAAGGUGGUGGACACUUACAACUUUGGUAUCACAGAGUCACCUGCAGGGCCUUUCUCAGUGCAAGUCGCGUAUCGCACGAACUGCGACUUCCGCGUCGAUGAUUCGGAGGCUUUGUUGAGCUCGCGGUUCAUGGGGGCAGAUGACGAGAUCUUCCGUCCGUCGUUGCCUUCAGAAGAUAUGAAUCGCCUCAACCCGGAGGUAGGAUCUGUACCAGUAGAAAGACGGACAGUUGAGAAUCCUGACCGCACACGCGCAUAUGGAAGUCUGUCAACGUUCCAUCAAGUUGGUCCAACGACGGGGGCAAGUCCAAUCUCCGCGUUACGAGCACUCAGAGACUCCGGGGCAACAUCGCCUUCUCCAACUGAGUCCCCAAAGAAGCUCCUGCCUCCUGCCAAAGUGGUGCCUGCUGGCCGAGCCGCGCAAAUCGCCGGCGAGAGUGGCGCGUCAAGCUUUCCUCGUCGCCCUUCUGUUUCUUUCCAACCUUUCAAAGCUCCUCCUCUUUCUGCCUCGCCAGCUCUUGCAGACUCUCCCUUGGGUGUCUCUCCUCGUAAUACGUCCUCUCGCAUGCAGACUGGCACAUCUGCCGAUUCACGCUUCAUGCCUCCCCCUUCUUCGGCCGCUUCUGCGCGACGACCUCUUUCCAUUCCAUCCGAGAUAGCCAUUUCAUCCUCCAACUCCGCCUCUCCCAAGACAGCUCCUUCUAUUUCGCGAUACAGCAGCUCUUUCAGUCACCGACGAGGCCGUCUUUCUGCAGGCGCAAACCGACUCGACGAUGAUCAUUCAAGUGGUAGAGCGAGUGCUACCUCGUCUAAUGCCCAACCUGGAUCAGGCCUUCUGGCAGAAGCUACAGGAACCAGCGCAGAGUCUAUCCAUGCAGAUGAUGAGAAUAUUUCAGACUUCCUCAAAAUGCUAGACUCCAAGAAGGAUUUGUUGAAGUCUCCAACCUCGGCAUCUAUUCAGUCUGGUACCCAGAGACUCUCGUCUACCCAACUCGCUCUGAAUCGUUUCCGAGCCAUGCGCGACUCCAACGACGUUUUGUCGGAUUCUAUGUCAGCUUCUAUGCAAGGACAUCGCCCUUCGGUCUCUUCAAGCAAACAGCUAUCGGGAGUUCCGCCUAUGGUUUCAGGCACUUCGGUCUCCACGGCAUCUUCCCCCGGAAAGCCCAUCUCUCCCCACACUCCCCACACUCCUCAUACUCCCGCUAUCCGUUCUCGUUUGAGCUCCAAUAGCGUUGCCGAUGAUAUCGAGAUUGAUCACCGACAGAUACCUCGUAUUGAGCACGACUCUCCACUGCAAGAGCAUCCAAGCAUGGAGGGUACACAGGGGCCUUCUUCUACUGCUGGUGCUAUCGACAUUCCUACCUCGCCCCGCGUCUUCUCUCCUGCCUAUCGUCGUUCGAGCUCUGCCGCUCAGCGCCGGGCCCCUGCCACGGGUGACGAUGAUGAUAUCUUCCCAUUCGGUCUACGUAGUCUCAGUCUCGGGGCCGAUGACCGCCCAGCUGUUAGCCCGGAGGCCACCCAGCCACAGAACGAAUAUGUCAGCCCAGACACCACCACUUAUGAUUCUCAGAAGGACCGGCAGUGCUCCAUCGAAGACCGAAGUGCACCCUCUGCGUCUACAGCUGGUCCAUACCGAGACAGUGCCUCCCUUCGCAGCCAGAUGUCUGGACCAACAGGAGCCUCGGCUUCCUCGAAUCCCCAUCUUUACCAGCCUCGCUUCGCCAGCUCUCGCGGCCGCGGAAACUCCGGCGGCCACUCACUAAGCUCUGCAUCCAGCAGUCUAGCCCGAGGUGCCAACAUCCCACCGCAUCUAGUCGAGCGCGAUCAAGACCGCGAUGGCAACGCCAGCGGAAGCAACAGUGGAAACUCAACCAUGGAAAUCCGCCGUGGCUCAAUGCAGCGCCCUGGAACAGGACGAACCUUCUCAUCCCAAGCACCAGAAGAUGAUGAACCUCUUCUUUUCGCCAUGAGCGACUUUGGCGCCUCACGCCGCAGCUUGGAGGAGAAUCGUGGUAACCAUGGCGGUGCCGAUUCCACCGGAGGUUCUAGACGUGGCAGUGGGAGACGGGGAGCUGGGCUUCCUAACUUCCAUAUCUGGUGA